CCGGCCGGGCGCACAGCCUGCUCGACGUGCCGCUGCGCGCGCUCAUGGCGGCCGACGCGUUCGAGGCGCAGGCGUGCCAGGCGCUGCGCGAGGGCCGCGCGCUGGGGCUGCGCGCGGGCGUCACGCUGCUCGAGCUGUACCGCCGCUUCGUGGACGGCAAGCGCGAGCUGUUCCGCCGCCGCUACGGCCUGCACGACGCCUGCUUCGCCGACCUGCUGCCGCUGCACGACGACUUCGACGAGCUGCACCAGAACUGCGCCAUGCUCGUGCUGGUCGUGUCGGACGGCGCGCUGGAGGGCGUGGACGCCGGUCCCUUCCGAACCUUCGCGGCUGCGCGCGCCGCGGCGCUGGGC